AAAAAUGUAGAAUCCAAGUGAAAAAGAAAUCAGAGCGAGAGAGAAGAAGAAGACGGUUCUAGGUCUUGUUUGCUUUCCCCUCCUGCUAUCGACCAAGCGAACAAUCUCCAGCCACCCACCGAUGAAGCGAUCAAUCAACGAAGUCGUCGGAUCUACUUCCGUCAAUACUCUCGAUUCCUCCGUUGGUAAGAAGCCUGUCUUCCUCACCAAAGCUCAGCGCGAAGAACUAGCCCUAAAACGCCGUCAGGAUCAAAUCUCCGAGCAACGUGUCCGCCGCGAACAGCUUGGUCGCCCCGAGCCCGAGACUGAAGAUGUCUCCAAUGGGGAUACCAAUCGGGAUAAGGAUCGAGAUAGAGAUCGGGACCGAGACCGAGAACGUGACCGCGACAGGGAGAGAGAUAGAGGGCGAGAUCGAGACCGCGAUAGGGAUAGAGAUAGAGAUAGAGAGCGAGAGAGAGACCGUGAGCGUGACCGUCGUGAACGAGAUCGUGAACCGGAUCGGAGAAAUAGAGAGAGGGAGAGGGAAGAGGAGGUUAAGGCUAGGGAGAAGGCGCGGGUUGAGAAAUUAGUUGAGAGAGAGAGGGAGAAGGAACUUGACGCCAUUAAAGAGCAGUAUCUUGGAGGUAAGAAGCCGAAGAAGAGAGUCAUUAGGCCCAGCGAGAAGUUUCGUUUCUCUUUCGAUUGGGAAAACACUGAGGAUACUUCUAGGGAUAUGAACGUUCUUUACCAAAACCCUCAUGAAGCUCAGCUUCUGUUUGGGAGAGGGUUUCGUGCUGGUAUGGACCGUCGUGAGCAGAAGAAACAAGCGGCCAAGCAUGAGAAAGAGAUGCGAGACGAGAUUCGUAAGAAAGAUGGUAUUGUUGAGAGACCAGAGGAAGCGGCUGCUCAGAGAGUUCGAGAAGAAGCUGCUGAUACUUAUGACUCGUUUGAUAUGAGGGUUGAUAGGCAUUGGAGCGAUAAGAGAUUAGAGGAGAUGACUGAAAGGGAUUGGCGUAUUUUCAGAGAAGAUUUCAAUAUCUCUUACAAGGGUUCGAGGAUUCCUCGUCCAAUGAGGAGCUGGGAAGAGAGCAAGCUUACUUCUGAGCUUUUGAAAGCUGUGGAGAGAGCUGGAUACAAGAAACCUUCUCCUAUUCAAAUGGCUGCUAUACCUCUUGGACUGCAACAGCGUGAUGUUAUCGGCAUUGCAGAGACUGGUUCUGGUAAGACUGCUGCUUUUGUUUUGCCUAUGUUAGCUUACAUCUCUAGAUUGCCACCGAUGAGCGAAGAGAAUGAGACUGAAGGACCUUAUGCUGUUGUUAUGGCCCCUACUAGGGAGCUUGCUCAGCAGAUUGAGGAGGAAACUGUUAAGUUUGCGCAUUAUCUAGGGUUUAGGGUGACUUCUAUUGUAGGUGGUCAGUCAAUUGAGGAACAGGGGUUGAAGAUAACACAAGGGUGUGAGAUUGUGAUUGCUACUCCAGGUCGUCUGAUUGAUUGCCUUGAGAGGCGGUAUGCGGUGUUGAACCAGUGUAACUACGUGGUUCUUGAUGAGGCAGAUCGGAUGAUAGACAUGGGUUUCGAGCCACAGGUUGCAGGUGUGUUAGAUGCGAUGCCUUCAAGUAAUUUGAAACCUGAGAACGAAGAAGAAGAGCUUGAUGAAAAGAAGAUUUACAGAACCACAUAUAUGUUUAGUGCUACAAUGCCUCCUGGGGUAGAGCGGCUAGCUAGGAAGUACUUGAGGAACCCGGUUGUUGUCACCAUUGGUACUGCAGGAAAGACCACGGAUUUGAUUUCGCAACACGUUAUUAUGAUGAAAGAAUCAGAGAAAUUCUUCAGAUUGCAGAAACUGCUCGAUGAGCUCGGCGAUAAAACUGCCAUUGUGUUUGUUAACACAAAGAAAAAUUGUGACUCUAUUGCUAAGAAUCUUGAUAAGGCAGGGUACCGUGUCACGACCUUACACGGUGGGAAAUCGCAAGAGCAGAGAGAGAUCAGCUUAGAAGGAUUCAGAGCAAAGAGAUACAACGUUCUUGUUGCAACAGAUGUUGUAGGACGUGGAAUCGAUAUUCCAGAUGUGGCUCACGUCAUAAACUACGACAUGCCUAAACAUAUAGAGAUGUACACACAUCGUAUCGGACGUACAGGACGUGCUGGGAAAAGUGGUGUCGCGACUUCGUUCUUGACUCUUCAUGAUACAGAAGUCUUCUAUGAUCUGAAGCAGAUGCUUGUUCAGAGCAACAGUGCGGUGCCUCCUGAGUUGGCGAGACAUGAAGCGUCCAGAUUCAAACCAGGUACGGUUCCUGAUAGACCCCCAAGACAUAGUGACACUGUUUAUAUAAAUUGAGUCGAUAGGCUCUUUUGGGAUUGAUCUCAUGCGUGUGUUUAGGCGCAUGUUUCAUCUUUAUGAUUCGUAGUUUGAUAGUGAACGAAGCAGUAGCAAGUGGGAUAGUUGAAACUUGAGUACCUUUUUAAAACUAUUAAGUACUGGUUUUUGUUCAAGAUAAGUAGCUUUGAUUCUCUGCCUAAUUUUUCACAUAUAUUUAUCCUCUUUGUGUUUAAAAUUGAAAA